AUGUCGUUUGCUGUGACGCUGGAAAGGUUGGCACUUGUUGGCUCACAGGUGUGAAGACAAUUGGCUUCCUGGAAAAGGAGACCAGUUCUCGCCUGGUUUGGGUCCUGGCUUCCCCACCAGCGGGGCCUGGCACUGGGAGCAAGCAGACAAACCAUUACCAAAGGCCUCCAGCUUCAUCCAGCUCUUGGAAACUCUUGAGCAAAGAGAGCUGGCCGCCAAGCGGGUUCCAUUGAACCACCCCGCAUUAGCUCUUGCAUAAAAUAUACUAUUAUAAAUCUAUCCUCAGUUCAGAUAUUAGCUUUAAGCCGGACUGAUCCCUCUGCUCCAUAUUAAUUCUAAAUAUUAAUUCUUUUCUGUUUUCUGCUUUGUUGAUAGUCCUGUGGAUCUCCUAAGGGAUGAUGAUUGGCGGAGAAAUCAAAUUGUUUUGUCUUAACUGGGCUGUGGAAGACUGCGAUCCACAGGCCAGUUAACCAAAGGCCUCAGUUUAGGAGUUCUGUCUUUAUUUUCGUUUAAGUGCAGCUCCAAACAUAUUCGGCAGUGGCUGAUACACUUCCAGCUGAACUUGUCAGAAAAUGUGCUCCCAGAUGCCAGGCCAAACAAAUUUAAUAGUUACUAUAAUGCUGUAAUACCAAUCAGAGGCCCGGUUGACCUUUAAGGGAAUUUACUUCCAAAUGGGCGUGCUUGCGAUCGGGAUGCAGCCUCAAGUAUUCUGGAUUAGGUGAUAAGUAGAUUGGUGUGCCAAAUUUUGUUGGCAGAAUUUAGCCUGGGAAUUGACUUUUUUUUUCUGGGGCGGACUGUGCAAAGAUGUUUUAAUGAGUCUGGGGAGGGGAGGGGGAACCUUUUGAAAAUGGCUGCAGAGCCGGCCACUCCCAGGGAGUUAUGCAAUAGGCCCACCGCAUCUCCAGAACUAGCGCCAGCAGUCACUGUCAGCUCUGGACUAAUCGGCUUGUUUCCUUUCAUUGAUUAGCACUCAAAAAGCGUGGACAGAAGACGACCAGAUUGGGGUCGGGGCGGGGGGAGUGGAUUUUGAAGAUGACAUUUUAGGACAAAAGGUCAGGCCGAUUCGUAGUGCCACUGACUAACCUGCGUUUCCUUGUUCAAUCUGUAUCUUAAAAACAAGAGAGGAAAUGUAUAAAUUGUCUGGAAACCGUUCUCUCCGUUUAAGGAUUCGUGCAAGCAAUUAAGAAAGGAGUUGCAAUCUGGUAGUGCUAAAAUACCUAAAAUGUGAGGGAAAGACCAGUCUUUUAUUUUAAACAUUCGCAAGUGGGUUUUUAAUUUAAUGUGUGUAUAGCAUAUUACAAUAACUGCAUUCUCUAAUUCCCGAAUGAUAUUGCCAUUGCCAUUGUUAUUUUGUUUUAAAAGCAAGCAUAGCAACAGCAGUUUUCUACACUUACUAGAAAGGAGGGGAAGGAAAGGACUGAGUCAGUCUGAUCCACACAACCAAGCUAAGCCGAAAUUGUUGCAUUUAAAUCAGUUUGCGCUCUAUGGCAGACACCAGACUUGAUCAGCUCCAGUGCAUAGAAUUGCUUGGGACUGUGUUGUGGACCAGGCCGAGAACAACUGCAACCGUUUUCAUUUCUUUCCCCCCCGCGCGGGCCAAGUCAGUGUGUUUAGGUAUGUCCAGAAGGGAGUAAAAGCACGUAUUGGCACUACAUCUGCCUUGGAGAAUUGCGGUUAAAUGACGCCCUAGCCUUAUUCUAGGAAAUUCAGUGUCGUAUAACGGGUGGAGAAAUCCACGUUUAAAUACAUGUGCCGCAACGCUGCGCGUGUUUCCUCGGAAGUACAUUGGACCACUUUCAGUGGUACUUACUUCCUAGUAAGACUGCCGAGGACUCCAGCCUUUGACAUGCAAGAACAAACAACAAGAAGAACCGCAAAUCAAAAUCAAAAUAAAAAUUGACCCACCCAGCUCGCUGCGGCUGCAAGAAAACUUAAUUUUCUCCUAUCCCUGUUUCUUUUAUUUAUUUAUUUUAAUGGCCCUAGGUGUAAAAAAGGAAAGAAUAAAUGAAAAAGAUUUAUUUAUGAAUAGGUGUCCAAGACAUAAUAUAUACUUUCUCUCUCUCGCUCUCUCUUAAACACACGCACACGCUUAAUUAACUGCUGAAAUAAAGAUACGAGCGAAAUGGCUUCUUGUUCCAAGCAUAGGUACUCAGCUACCUGCUGCAAGUCCUGUGUAUUAUUAUAAGCCUCCUUUUGUCUACCCAAUUACUUCGCUGCUCUUUCUGUCCCUAAAAUUAAGGAUUCCCCUUUCAAAGACGAGCUCGACCCUUUUUUUUCGGGGUGGUGGUGGGGCGCUCAAAAAGAUCCAAUGAGGGAACCUCGAAGUUGCCUCCUAGCAGAGAGCGGGAAGAUACUGUCCCUUAAUGCUACCUUCCUCGGCCUAGUGAAACAGUGCCGCCUCUGUCAGCGAGCUAAGAAGUCAUCAUACAUUCAAAAAGCCCUCAGGGGAAAUAUAUUUUUAAAGGGGAAAGUCGCUCCUCCCUCCCCCCCCCCUUCCCCAGCCAUCUGGAGCAGCGGCAGAGGGUCUACCUGGCCAGAUCGCGGGCCUGGCGACGGGGAAGGAGCGAGGCAGGCGAGCUCUGUGGGCAGUCAGUGCUCCCGGCUCUGCGCAUCCACGGCGUCCUUUCCUGCCUUCGUAAGAGAGCCCAGUUAAGGAUUUCUAAUUGCUUUCUAAUUUCGGAUUAACCUAAUCCUUUCUGAUUAUCGUUUAAAGAAGAGGAUUGUCAGCGUUCAGUGGUCUAGCUUGGAGUUUUGAUUCGUUUACUUGCUUCCCCAGAGAAGACUAGUUCUGGAAGACCCAGUAUUGCACGAUUACAGUCCAUUGAGUCUCCCUGAGCGUUGGUGGUUAUUUGUGGUUAUAUCUCUCUAUCUAUGCUAUCUAUUUGGAUGAUUGUGCUAGGGCUGUGUUUCCUGGAAUUUUAAGAGUGGCUGAAAUCUAGUUGCGAAGGUGUUAAAUACAAGUGCUGGGUUCCCCACCCCCACUUUCCCCCCUCUUUGUUGAAGAUGUUAUAUCAGGGAGACUAGCGCGAUCUUAGCUGUUUAAACGCUUCUUUUAUUCAAAUACACUCGCCCCCUCCAUCCUUCCCACCACCCUUUGGAUUUGUGUGGGCAGCCAGUAGGUGUCGCUGUCCCCCCGCUGGCCAGAAUAGGGUAGCCAAGAGCCAUUCAGGGGCAAGGAAUGCUCUGCCUGGUCCUUUCCCUCCAGGGAUCCAUUAAGGCUGCAAAUAGCCUCAAAGUGACAGACAGCACUGGCUCACCUCUCGCACUUGACCAUCCUACCAGGACGGGGCGCGCGAAAGUUGUGUCCGUUUAGCUGAGGCAUUUUCUGGAAGGCCUCUUCCUCUCCUUAAAUGGGCACAAGCAAUGGAUGGGCCGAGCGAGAGAAAUCCAGUGUCGGGGAUCACCGUCCGCCCCCACCCCGUGCGCCAUCUACAUCCAGAUUUUAACUUGGUCUCUGCACAAUAUAAUCGCUGCCUCCUUCCAGCCAACCAUCCAAUUGGUAAGAGAGAGAAAAGGGCCUUAUGAGAAACCAAGGAAAUAACAGAUCACAUCAGAUUUUAGAAUUUUUUAAAUUAAAAAACCCGGUGCUGAAUUAGGGAGAAGUAACCAUAAUAAAAAAACCCUACCCAGAUUCAGAAAAUAAAACUACUCUGCUACUGGGGGAAUAUGUGGGCUGACGCUUCUUCUGGAAAUGUUGGGCUGCAAUCAAAUCCGCGUUGGCUACUUUACGCAUGUGAGCCUGACCUUAACCGUGUUGAAUGCUCUCAGUGUUAUUGACUCACCUAAAUGCUUUUAUAACAAAGAGCUUUGCCCACAUCUACACCCACACACCCACCCACACCUUUCCCCAGUCCUCAUCCUCUACGGAAAACUAGUUCUCAAUUAUCUGAAAUCCAUAUUCAUUUCCAGACUAUUAAAAGCUCUACCCCCAUCUCCUCUUGCCUCCUGCCUUGAGAUGUCAUGCACGAGAUUAUUAAUAAACAGGAGACUGGGCUGGGAUUUUAUUUAUUUUGUAAUCUUUCAGGAAGAAUUCUUAUCCCCCCACGAGGUGUUUUAACCGUGCCUUUUACACAAGACUCGAUCUCAAUUUAUGAAUUGAAAAGGGGGGUGGGGGAGGAUUCGUGAGAGAAAUGUUAAGCUAAAUUGGAGAUGAUUGGCAUAGUGCAUUUUCAUUCGGAAUGUAUCUCAUUUCAGUGGAAAUUGUUCUUAAAAGCAUGCAAACAUCGCUGUGAGCUACGAAUGUGCUGUGGUUGUGGUUGUUGUUGUUGUUUUUAAAGUUCUGCUUCCAGAUCUAUAUACCACACCCUCCCACUUUGCAAAAUCUAAAGAAUCCUAAAAAUUGCACGUUUUCAUACGUGAAGUGUUUCUAUACGUGUCUCAUCAUAUCGAACGUGUCUUGCGAAUACGUAUUGCAGGUUUAAAGGGCGGAGGACCUCGAGAAAGAUAAAAGCAAUGGAUUUGCUUUUUGGUUUUAGAGAUCCCACUAAAUUGAAACGGAGAAAAUAUUAUUUGGAGCAUUUUCUGUUUUUCUGACCCAGUGCUUAAAUUAUGAAAAAAGUGGUCCUUGGCUAUAUAAGACUUGGCACGAGGGGUUAUUAUGAAUGGGGCGGUCGUUAUCUAACGUUUACCCAUGGGCAUCGCAUCGCUGUGUAUUUGGGGUGCAAUCCUAAACCAGAGCAAUGUGCGAUACGAUAUAAUGGUGGUCGUGGGCGACUCGCUACUUAUUGUUCGCGCCGUCAUGGUUCGCGUUUUCGUGGCAUGUGGCACAAGACGAGGCAGCUGUCCCUUGAUCUCCCUGGGGCCCAGGCACUUGAGGUGCUGUGGGUGGGGUGGGAUGGGGUGGGUGGGGGCGAAGAGGGAGACGAGGAGAAGAGGGGAGGGGCUGCGAGAUGCAGGAGGGCCGUGGAAGUGGCCUUCACAGCGAGAGCAGCGUGCGAAGGAGUUGGGAUUUGUGCAGAUUGCGAGGCUCAUUCAAACGCCGCCCGCUGGUGCUGCGAUUCGCAGGGACUCGGCCUCCAUAUGGUAAUUUUAGCAGGGCAGGGGGCGGAGGUGUGUGGGGCGCGCGCGUGUGUGCCUGUGUGUGUGUGCUUGUGUGUUGGAGUGGGUUCCCGACUAGCAGCUAGUAGCUAAGCUCGGACAGAGCACGGGCACCGAAGGCAGCGGACGCCACUCUGCACCUUUCUUGCAGCGACAGCAUCCACAGAGCCGUCGACCCCAGGGUAGCAGGAGCCAGCGGGAACGGGAGAGAGCUGGGGUUAGCAGGAAGCAAGACAUCGCAUGGACCUCGGUAGGGACUUAAGCAUGAUAACGACACCUAGAUCGAGGUGUGUGUAUGUGUGUGCGAGUGAGAGAGAGAAAGAGAGAGCACUUGUAGGCAUGGGGUAGACGCCCAAGCAGAUGCCUGCGAUAACAGAUCUGCUCCUUGAAUGGACACAUAUUUUACUCCCCGUAUGUAUCCUUCGUGUGCGGCGAUCCUCUUUAGAUCUCUGCAGGACUAGAGCUAUAGCCAGCUCAGAUGGUUCACGUGGUUUAAUUAGUCACUCGAGGAGGUUGGGAUUGUCUCAAUCAGCGAGGUGUCCCCAAUGUUCUAUGUAAAUGGCCAAGUCGACUGGCAGUCGGUGCUGUUGCUGGAGCCAUAUAUAUAUAGGCUCUCUCUAUAUAUAGCUGAGUAUAUAUAUAUAUAUGGCAUAUAUAUAUGGCAUGUGGCGAGCAUACUCACCUAAAUGUAUUGUUGCGCGCUCUCUCUAUGUAUAUAUAUAGGUAAGAACUAACCUAAUGGAGGAAGAGUGUCUGGUGCCCCCCUUUAAUGUUUUACGUGUCGCCAUCUGACCACUUUUUAUUGGGUGACAUAUCAUAUGAGCACUUUAGUGUAGGGCACGUAAAACUGGAGAUGGAGGUAGGGCUGAACAUGCCAUAAGACUGCUCAAAGAACUAAAGUGAGCAGCUCGGGGAAAUAGAUGCUGCAUACCACAAAAACGAAAAAUUGCUCUCCUGAGCCUUUCUCAAAACAUAUGCAUGGCUGGCUUUGAGGAGAGUUAACUUUCACCCUAUGCCUGUGUGCAGGUAAGUCAUUCAUGCUGUGCCUAAUUACCUAUGCAUGUGCUUUGGCUUACUUGGCUUUAAAUAGGUAUGUGAUGUAAGUGUGCGUUCAUUGUUCUUUUGGGUGUGAACCCUGCGUUAUUUUAAAGACGUAUAUAGAUUACAGGGAGAGGGUGAAGGAAAUGUUUUAUUUGUAAACAGGAUCGAACUAUUUAAAAACAAAAAACACCGAACCCCAAAUAAAAUAUCUCUGAAAUAACCUAAUAUUUUAAGGUAGAUCUAGGCCCCUCGGCUUUCGAGCAAACAGAAAAGCAUUCGCAUAAUAGACACUGAUUUGAAACAGCAUAUCAAAUGCAUUGUCGCUCAGUAAAGCGGUGCUUGGCUUUAAGCCAAGCAAGUUUUAAACGAAAUGCAAUACAUUACUAAUGUACCGCAGCUAAGAUAGAACAUACAACAUGGUUGAAAAUGUCUUCCUUAGAUAAAGCUCUCCCUCACCUGGGUCUGGGCACAUUUUUUAAGAGCGUAUUUGAAAAUUAAAGGUUCCCGGAGCCAAAGCAGAAAUAAAUGUUCAUACAAGGCAGCCUACAGCACUUUAAACUGUCCCUAUUAUGCAAGCUUCGGUUUUGCUCCGCCCUCUAUUUUAUUAUAUUGCUCAUGAUGAGGUUACUAAUCAAACUUUUGAAUCUCCGGUUGCUGCCAUUAUCGUCGAUCAACAUAACAUGCAAGUAUAUAUUAUAUUUUUUAAUAUAGAAAUCCAACCAACCGACCUCUCCUCUUUUUUAUUUUUUAAAGAGGCUCCUGACGCUUGAAAAAAAUUGCGUUAGGAACAAUGUCGGUACAUAUUUUGUAAGCCCUACGGAAAAGGAAGAAGCAGGGAGCAAAAUUGCAUCUAUAGAGCAGCGACACGGCAGAAAAGAGGUAUUGCCAAACCAUAAACAAACAAAAAAUAUUAUUUUUAAAAAAUGUUUUGUUUCUAUAAAGAAAAGAAAAGAGAGAGAAAGGCAAUCCAAAGACCGUAACUUCCAGUAAAUGUUUUAAAAAUGCAAAUCUACCUUUACAUAUGCAUCAGUAUGAAAAAUAAUACCCGCUGGAGCCAACCGGAGCAGCAGCAGGAGGAGGAGGAGAGCAGAAUGGCGCAGCGUUGAUUAUGCAGAGAGAGAGAGACGUCUGGGCUGUGCCGGAGCCUCCGGGUAACCUGCUCGGCUUCUGCGGCUUCUUCUCCCAGCAGCGCUGCGCGCAGGCCGGCUCCCUCGGUUGGCGCCAGGAGCCGAUCGGCAGGAAUCUCAUCCCCCCAUGUUUUAGCAGAUCUUGGCCAUUUGGGCUUUUGCUUGUUUGGUUUGGUUUGGUUUUUUUGGAGAGGGGGGCAGUUGCUGCUGCUGCUGCUGUUGUUUUAGGACGAAAGGCUUGCUUUGGUGAGCUCAGCUUUUUCUCUCUCCCACCCCCGCCCUUCUUCAUCAUCUUCUUCUUUUUUUGCGUUCCUUUAAUUAAAAUCUUCAAUGAAAGGAGGCGAUCGCUCCGGGAAUCUACAGUCUCUUCUUCAAGCGGCAGGAUUUGCAUAUUUUUUUAAUGCCCUAAUUUCCUUGAUGUAUGUAAAUGUAGCCGGACGUACAGUAAGACUCGAGCUGACGUCAAUGGACGCGACCUCGCUGCUAAACCUUGAACGUGAAGCUGGGAUGAGGGAAAGCGGAGAAGGAGGGAGGAGAGCGACAGAAACGGGGGAGAGAGGAGGAGGAGGAGGGAGACAGAGAGAGAGAGAGAGAGAGAGAGAGAGGGAGGGAGAGGGAGGGAGAUGCGAGAUGCGUUUCUGUGCAAACAGAAACGGCGGAGACGACCGGAAGAUGCAAAGAGACAGCCGAAGACCCGGCGAAGACUCCUAGUCAGAUAUCGCCAGCUCUCUCUGCCUCCUUGUACAGCACUGUGCGAGCCUGGCAGCAUCUCCCUCUAACAAAAUAAACAUUUGCAUAACCCCUCCGCCUCCCAAUAUAUUCCCUCUCUUGAUAACAAGAAAGCAAAUGCAACGUGUGUGUGUGUGCAUGCAUGUAGGGGAGAUGUCCCCAGUAGACCUAUUUUUCUCUCCUCAUCCUCCCAAUGCACAGCUCUCUGAAGUGGUGAUACAAAAGUGGGGGUGCAGCGACUGCUUCUCCUCUCCAGAAGAUCAGGGGCUUCAGAGAAGGACCAUAGCCAGCUAUGUAUGUGCCACUCACCACGCCAGCUUACGUGUGUUGCGUAGUACAGUGGUGUUGUUUUGCAGUGUGAAGGGAAUGCCGAUGGCACGUAUGUACACAAAGAGGAGGAGGAGGAAGAAAGAGUGUGAAAGAGAAGAGGGAGAGAGGAGACAUUCAUGGCCCCUAUAUGUAUGAAGGAAGGAAAAGAGAAAGGCGAGGACGACUAAGAAAAGCACAGGGGUGUAGCUAGAUCACCUGUGAACUUGUAACCUUUGGCAAUUCAACCUGAUCAUCAUACAGUUUUUCUGCGGGCUCAGAUGCCGAAGUCAACCUUGAACAUGGUCUUCUUUUGGCUUUACUGUAUUCUGGUUUGCAGCCAGAGACUGAAUGUAAGGAUAACCCGGAUUCCUGCAGUCAAUUCUGCACUGGACUUUUUUAUUUUUUGGAAGAAAAAGGAGCUAAAGAAGUGGUGUGCGGCGUGGUGGAGGUGAGAAGGAUGUCUGGAAAUCUUGCUUUCCCCGUCCCCUCGCCUGUCAUCCCUUCUCGUUCUUGUUAAACACAACAAUAGUAUUAUUUGAUUCGCAAGCGCUAGGUCGAGUUUUCUCGAGGAUGGCCCUAUACUUGGAGCCUAUCCAGCUUUGGGUUUUUUUGAGAGAGGGGAUGAAGACCCUCUUCAGUCAGCGUCACCUGGCUCCCUUUCCACCAUCCAACCCGCAAACCAUCCUUUCGACGUGGUCCACCAUGGCAUUCGCUUCCGAUUCUGCCAGGGCCUUUUGGAAAGGUAUAAGACAGCCGAAGAGGCAAACGAGCGCCUUCCCCUUAAUCCUCCAUCCAGUGAUUCACCUGUAUUAAAAUAUCGAGGCAGCCUUGACAGUUAGAAGCUAUUUGGGCUCCGUAUUGUGCAGGAGAGCAAUACGUAGCCCAUGGAACAUUCUGUCUCUGCUUGCUACAGAGAGAGGUGCCCCUGUGCAAGAUACAGAUAUAUCUAUAUCUAUCCCCCGAAUAAUGUGUUCUUUCUCCGCUCUUUAUUAGGCUGGGGCAGGCAGCUAAGCAACAGCCAGAAUACUCCUGCCGUGGUGGGUGUGUAAAGAGGAGGCAAUGGCAGCCAUUGACGAGAACACGAGUGACAGCCUCUCCUUAGGCUACAUUUGGCGGGAAAGUUGCUGCCAGAGCAGAAAGGUCUGUGCUUUCAGACGGCGCCUCUCCCUCCUUGGGUUUCUCAUUAACGGCUUCCCCGUCCCCCCCCCGCCCCACCUCCCGGCAGCCCACAUUUCCAUACGAGAUGCUCAUUUGAAUCUGUGCCCCCUCCCUUCGCCUGGCUCCACCCCUGCAAGCUUCCCCCCUCUCUAUCCCAGACACAUGUCUCCAACACGCAGCUGUGGACAUCUCGCGACACACCUACAAGCGACACCCAACGGCCUCUCAGACGCAGCCCUGCUGCUGGGGAAACGUGUCCACAUGCAAACCUCGUCGGGAAGGAGACGCACCAACCGAAGCGCUUCUCUCCCAAGGCGCGGAAUCCUUAGCAACGCCCCAGCACACCCUGGCCAUACUCACAAGUCAGUAUUCCUGUAUGCACUCUGAGCACCCGAAAUCACACAAGGGGCUAGCCUUCUCCGUUGCGCAGCCCUACACCCGUGUCCUAGGACACAGACGCACACGCGCUCGCUCGCAUCCUAUUGCACUGAAACUUGCGUGUAUAGGGCGCAACCUGCACCCGCGUUCUUCCAAAUGAACCGAACUAGGGCUCAUUCUCUUGGCAGCCUCUGUGAGCAAGGAGGACGGGUGCCCUUUCAGAUCCUUCUGCGCCGAAGACAUCAACUCGAGCAGCCUGGUGCCGUUGGCUUUUACCUAAAAAGCGUUUAAGAAAAGGAAAAGAAAGCCGAUGUUGAAGUACCAGCAGCCCAGGCAGCCCAAGUGUUCGACAGAGUCCUGACCUACCGCGGAAGAGCACGGAGCAAGUUUACAAAAAACUCAGAUGGCCAUGAGUGUUUUGCAGAGAAGAAGGCAACAGCUUAAACUCACAAUAGCUCGGUUGCCUCAAGAAUUGAAGAAAGAAAGAAAAGGAGUGAGAAGGGAAGGCAGGCAGGAAGGAAGGCAUAGAGAGCAACUCUAUUCUUCGGAAGGAAACAUUAAAAAGAAAAAUCGUGAAAGUGAAAAGUUUUUUGUUUUGCUUUUAAAGGCGGGCUCUUGAUGCAAAGGCAGUUUUUAAAAAAGAAAAGAAGAAUUCCACGCAGAAAUGCAUAUUUCCCUGCUCUUCCACCACAGGGAAAUGUAGCCAUUGCUCCCGUUUAGGCUAGACAUUUCUAAUUUGUUCCGUCUGUCAGAAAAGGGCUGGGAGAGGGUUUGGUGCAAAUUCAUUAUCUCUGGCAACGCAUAACGUAUAGCAGGGAUUGAAAAAGACCGUGGCAAUGGACGAACAAUAGGGCUUCAGUUCGCGAGAAACAAAAGCGUUGGGGAAACUGGUUGAAUUUCAGAGCACGUCCUCCUUUCCAGAGAGGGCUGGGCUAGACCUCGCCAACCCCCCCGCCCCCGUUUUUUAAAAAAACUUGCAGAGUGGCUCACACAUACAAUACUUCACUUUCUACUCUGGCGCUUUGUGCAAGCUGUAUUGGGAAAAGAAAACUGUUUGUUUAAAUCCCCUCUUCAUUCUCACCCCCCUCUGGAUGGAAAAGGACCCAUUUUAGAAUCCAGUCGUGCAAGUGUUCUACGAUGGAACUUUAAAAAGCCAGUUAUAAAUAGAGAUGACGAAAGGGAUGAUCCGAAUCUUGGGAGACUUUGAAACUGCUUUCUGCGAUUUAAAAGUUUUGGCUAAGGAAUCCUUGUUGCUUGCCGAAGAUUCCACCACAUUCACCUAAGAUCUAGGAUCAGACUGUCCUCCCCCCCUCCCUCCCCCCCCCAAUCUGUUGGAACGAGAAGAAACCAGAAAAAGUAAGUAUAUCUGCCGACUUCUCACGACUAGCCUUCUUUAUAAACUAAAUGUGGGGAAACUGGGGAAGGGAGAGAAAGUGUGGACUAUGCGAGAACUUUAUGCUACAGUUGUUCAUCUGAUUCAUGAGCUGUGUGUGUGUGUGUGUGUGUGUGUGUGUGUGUGUGUGUGUGUUACUCUGAACGUGAACUCUAUCGGUGUCUGUGUCAGGUUCAGGGCUAGAAUGAGGAAGAGUUAGAUAGUUGCUUCAUUGAACAGGUUGCAUUGUUAGAGCUCCCAUCGACUUUCCCUGGAACCUAGGAGGAAGAUCAACAGAAGUGGAGAGCUUUAUGGGUUAACCGGAGAGCUUCUGAUGAUUUUGGACGUGUGAUAUGAAACCUGUUGGCGUUGCAGGCACUUCCUCGGGACGAGGGGACUAUUAAUUAGCACACAGAUUGACAGCGAAGGAGGGGGGAGGAAGAGAGAGAGAACAGUGAAAAAUGGGAAGAGAAAGUGUUCGGUGAAAUUGGUAACUCUGGCUGCACAUUUGCUUAUUUUAGAGAAGGGUGCAAGGGAGGCGUUUUCUCACAAUGUAUUUAGAUCCAAACUUCCCGACCUAGCACCUCCCUUUGAUCCCCUCAACUUGGACUUUUGUGGCUAUACCAAUUGAAAGGUAUACUAUUUACUUGCAUGAGGGUUGAAAAGAGUGAGGAGAGCUGUUGUUGUCGUGUCUUACAUCUAGAGAAGCAGUUCUUUCUGUAACUUCAAAUAGGCAUGACUGGUGAAAUAAUAUGUCUAAUGAAUUCCUAAUUUGAAACUCAUUCCCUACUUGGACUGCCAAAUUUAUAAAGAAAGUAGUGUAAUUAAAUUUAUGGCAACGUGAAUUUGCCUCGCAAGUGUAUGUGGAUUUAUUUACCUUGGCAUUGUUUGCAAGGAGCUUUCGAGGUGUAGAUUAGAAGUCGUUGGCAACGUUUUCAUUGGUUUUGCUAGUUCUGAAUGAGACGCUCAGGUUGUGGGUUCGAGAGCGCCUGCGAGGAGUGUGAUAGCUUGGGAGAGUUGCGAACAGCUCCAUGCACAAGUCAUUUAAGGCCCAAAUCCUGUACAAGCUUACUUGGGAGUAAAUCAAUGGGGCUUGCCUUAAGCAGACACACACACAGGUUUGCGUCGUAGACCGACUUAGGUGAUAGGUUUUGGAGUCGAUGUCGCCCUUGGAUUUGAGCCGGUUCAGCUAGCGUUGGGUUCUAGAUCGGCCUAACUCCCAGAUUGCCUGGCUUCGCUGAGCUGCCGGAGUCUUGGAGCAUCCAAAGCACAGGUUGCUAUUAAGCCGGUGGAGUUUCGCCUUCACGCUCUCUCCUCCCAUCCACCUUGAAUGCUACUCACUCUAAGCACACCCAGUUCGCCAGCUCCAGCGCGGAACAAAGUCGAGAACCAUGUAUUUAUGCAAGAGGGCUCAUUUAAAAAAAAAAAAAAAAGGUGGCAGAGGAGACUGAAGAAGGAUACCCAGUAUAUUCAGGGGAAAGAGCAAAUAGUGCUUCUCCUCGUCCUUUUUUAUUUUUUAAACACACGUGAUUGAUUGGGAGUAGCAUUAAGACACCCCCUUUCUCUCCCCCCUCCCUUUUUGGCUGAGGUGAUUAACACCAUCCUGUGAUGCAAAGAAGAGGGGUGGAGUGGGGGUGGCGGUGGCGAGAAGGAAUACAUACACGAGCACUGCUCUUCUUUGAGUAAAUCUGUAAGCAGCCUGAGUCUGUUUAGAGCCAAGCAGCUCCAUGAAGCCAGCCGCGAUCUGAACCUGCGAGGCUUGAAAACCCAGAGAGAGAGAGAGCGUUUUGCAUAUUUUGAAAGUGGAGGCUAGGUGGAGCCUCCGACCUUUAUUAAGCAACUGGCAGCCUACAGCAUGUAAAUACAGACGCCUCUGCCUUCCCUGCCUCCCACCCCACAAAUCAAGCUAUUCUUAUAAUCUCAGUUUAGAAAUUCAGCCUCCCUUCUCUCAUAUUCUGGGUUUUCUAUCCCAGUUUACCACUGAGGAUAUAUACAUAUAUAUCUAAAAUGAAAUAUUUAAGUCUUCUGACACCAGAAGAGAACAUACACCCCUGGUGUUCUUUUCCUGUUCAGUAUAUAGAUUCAUCUUAAGAAAAUAAUAUUAGCAGCUCUUUGGAAAAUGCAGUUUGGAGCCACGGGUCACAGUCCAUCAAGAAGUUCUCCUGAGCAGCCCCCAUGACCAUGGUGCAGGCAGCAGGAUAAUGCCCUACCCCAACACAUUAAUUUUCAUGGGGGUUGCGCAGGAGAACUUCCUGGAGGAUUUUGCCUCUAGGAUUCAGUGGAUUGGCUGAUCUGCUGCUGCUGCUGCUAUACAGGCCUUGAAUCAGAAUGCACUAGCACAAUCCAUGAAUAAACAUAAAUAUUUAUUUUUAAAUGAUCGUUCGCCUCUCUCUCUUUUUGUCUAUUUUUCAGAGCCAGACAGAAAGCGACCAUCAAAUGGAGUGACAAUCAGCACAUAAAGGUAAUCCCUUUUAAACCUAAUGAUUAAAUUAAGAAAUGUACGUGGCUGCCGAAUAAGCAACAGCACAAAAAAAUAGCAAAACAUUUGCCUCUGAGAGACAUUUUCAGACCCUUUACCUUUCGCGCCCUGGAUAUUAGGUGUGGCAAUACCGCAGACAUAUGGUCGUAAAUAUAUUGUUUGUGGAAGGUACAGUAGGUACAGAAACCAAUAUCAGGAUUGCAAUAAAAAGCCAAGCAGGUACAACGAGACUUCUUGGGGCAUGCAGAUUCGAGGAAUAAAAUGACUUUACACGGGGCUCCAAAGAGAGGAUUGCAGUUUACGUUUAAGGCUGCAAUCCAGUUUCCUGGGAGUAAGUUCCAUUGAAUUCAAUUGGACUUACUUUUUAGUAGCCAUGUGCAGAACUGAGCUGUAAGUGAAUUAUCGAAGAAUCAGGGAUUGGAGUGUGUGCUCUUCAGUCUCGGGAUUACGGGCAUCCUUUCAUGGGAGCCUAGUGGGCUUCCUAUAUAGACACCCCCUUCCCUACCAUGAAACCGGAGGACUUGUCCCGAAAGCAGAAUUUUGGUUCGUAGGAGGUGCAACAGAUAAGAUCCACUCUCAGGUUAACAGCGCUUGUUUAUUCCAAAGGAACCCCUUGCAGGAUUCUCCGCCUUUACGUCACAACCAUCUGGAGACCCAUAAAGAGAUUAGAAAACAAGCAUGGCAAUCACAUCCAAAUCUACAGGCCAUUUAUUAGAGAGCCUAGUUAGAGUUCAGGAUCUUUCAAAUAACGCAGAUUGCUUUAAAAUGGCGAUUCCAUCGUUCUCGGUGAAUUUUUAUUUUAAAAUAAGGCUAACCCACUUACUGGAAAUGCCUAUAAUGAAAAACAAAACAAAACCCAGCAACAUGGCGGUGUGGGCAGUUUAGCAUUGCCAAAGGCUGCAUCUCCUGCUUAACCAAAUGCGGUUUAUUUUACGGACAUACGGAAUUGUAAAGAAUACCUGGAGAGAACAAUUGAUUCAUAGGCACUGUAGACAUUCAGAGACGUCAGGGGUUUUCUACGCUGCCUUAACAACACCUUAGUCUUAAACACACGUAAUUGGAAAUCCCAUUGAAAGCAACUGAUAAUUCUUCCAUGUGAAGAUAUUUAGAAUAACGUGUGGAUUUCCUAGACACCUGCAAAGCAAAGGAGAAGCAGGGAGGGCGAUCCUUUCUGUGUUUAAUGAUCAGCAAGGUCAUCCUUGUGACGUUAGCUGUUUUCACGUCAUGAGGGCUCCAAAGGCUAUCGAUCUGCAAAACGACACAGGUGUGUUUCUUGAUCUACGUGGUAACUGAUAGAGGAAAGCAAGUCAUUCUCUUUUUAAGUGCAGGAGGUGAAUAGUAGCAGAAGUCCCACUGAAUUCAAUGGAUCCUGAAGGCAGCGUCAAAAUAAAUAAGAGCCAAGGCUUGCCUCCUUAGCCAACUUCAUUUUAAACGCAUUCAGGCGUGUGUACACACGUGUAUAUAUGCCAAUGUGUAUAGCAUGCCCAGAGAGACCUCACGUUAUCUGAAUGUUCUUGUCUCUGAUUUUAAUGCAUCAGCUCAUAAGCCUGGUCUGUUAUAGCACAUGCCCGAUCACUCGCACUGCUGCCUCUAGCUACUGCGAAAUAAAGUGGGGGGGGGGGCAGGGCUUUGUUCUGUGUAUCUGCCAAUUCAAAGAAGCUCAUUAGACUUCUACAGACCAUCAGAAUAAACGUGUGUCUUUAUACAUAUUGCUGCUCAACUCACUAAUGCCGCUGGUACCUAUGCAGUCUCAUUUGGUUAAAAAAAAAGCGCAGCUCGCUGCACUGUACAUAGGAAUCCUCACCAUUUUGUUCUGUCUGUGGAAAAACAGAGGCAUGGCCUUCUCGUGUCGUCUUAUAUAACAUGACACUGACGCCGUAAGCAUGGUUUACCUGACUAUGGCAUUUCACGAUGCAUAAUUAACAAUACAGGGAGAACACUGAAUGAAAACAGUUGUGGCUUGAGUGCAUCGUCAGUUGUGAAGGUGCUUUGUUUUUGGAACAUUUAUAGGUAGCAUCAACCUAGGAAUCAUUUCAAUCAAUUAAUCGGGGACUUUGCCUUGCCAUUACUUUAUUUUGCUUUCCUUUUGCCUGUAUAUAUGGCAGCAUUCAUCUUUAGCCGUUGACAAGUCUAAUUUCGAGUAUUGAAAGUAGACAUUGGGAAAGUAGACAUGUCUCGCUCCACAAAACCCCACAGAUUUCGCCCUUCAGGGUAGUGACAGGCAUGCAGGUUAGAUACCCUGGAAAACACACAAGUAUAAUGCAAACACGUUAAUAUGGUGAUGAUGGCUGGUUGUGGUUGGUGUGUGGGUGUGGAGUGCACAUACACGUAGGUAUCGCACACAGGCGCGCCAGCACACAAACAUACACAAAUGUUGCCUUUUUUAUAUGUGAAGGAGAAAAUAAAUGCUAACUCAUGCAGGUAUGGCACAUUGUAGGAAAUAUGCCUUUUUAAAAUGCACUCUGAAGACUGUCCUCUAAACAAUCCUGGACUAUAUUGAACAGUAUAGUAUAUAUUGUUUCCUUUUGCCCUUAACAUACUAUGCAACAGCAGGACUCCUGGUUCCUUUUGGAGUGUGGGGGCAGACAUAGCUCUGCUGAAUGUUUAAAUAUAAACUGCCAAGCGGUUGAAGUGCAUUUAUUAAUUUGAUCAGUAAACAGCGCAGCUCUCUGCCGUGAGAUUCAUUGUUUCCCAUAUAAUCACGAGGGCCUGUAAUGUUUGCACUUUACACUGGGAAGAAUAUAUAAAAUCUCCCUGUCCAAAUUCUAUAGCAGGAAUUCACAGGGUAAUGUCCCUUAUGCCCCUUUCUGAAUGCCUGCUGAGAGGUUAGGGGAAUGGGGAGAAGCUGAACAGGGUGUUUAUGAACCUUUCAGGAUGGAGGGCUUCCCUGGGCAUACUGCUUGCCAUUGCCAUUGCCAUCAGCAGCGGUAGGAAGUUUGAAAAACAACCCAGAGUACAUUUUCGCUGUGUUUGGACACAUCUUCAAAUGAAACGGGUGCAUUAAAAUUGGAAAGGAAAGCCGCAUGUUCGCUUGCGCUGCGCUGUCCAGAGCUGGGAAGGGGCAAGGGAAAGACGGGAGAAAUGUGCUAUGUGUGAAAAGGGCGAGCGGGAGCGCGCGUCGGUUGGAGAGGGGGAUUUGCUGGAAACAGAGAGCAGCUCGGAAAGGAAGAGAGGGAGCGAGGCUUGAGCAGCCUGCUCUUUGCAGCAUUCGCCACCCCCCCUCCCCGCGCGCGUAAACUGCGUUGUGCAACCUCCACGGUGCAAGUAGCACUGGCGGAGAGGGGCUUGUAGCCCCCGAGCAGGGAGUGAGAAGUGAAGCCAUUUCCAAAGCGCCAGACGGGCAAUGGCACCUCCGCUCGCGCUGCGUAAAGACGCGCGUAGAUUCCCAGUCCCAGAAAGCAGGCCCUGCUUUAAGCAGUCAUCGCAGCAGCAGCAGCAGCAGCAGCGAGCCGCGAGUGCCUGGCUCAGUCACACACAUCUCCCUGCACAGCACAUGCAGAGUCUGCCAGAAGAGAGAGAGAUAGAGAGAGAGAUGCAGGCAAAGGCGCCUCUCCUCUCCUUUCCCCACCCCGCCCUAUUUCCAUGCCGCUCCCCGCCUCCCCCGACCUGAAACGCUUUUAUCUGUCCUUAGAGAGAGAUUCCUCCCAGUCUUUGGAUAUUAGAGAGAUCUGCGCUAGCAACGGGGAAGGUAAAAGGCCGCGAUAUAUAUAUAAAUAUAUAUAUAUAUAUAUAUAUUUCCCGCCCCCUCUCUCUCCUCCCGGUAGCGCUAGAGAAGGCGAUCCUGUGCUGGUUGGGAGAGUAGGAAUGGUGUUCCGAGGGUGCUGCUGCCGCUGCUGCUGCCGCCGCCGCUCUUCCCCGUGGCGCGGAGGGGGCAGAUCGCUGAUCGCUCAUGCAUGGCAAUAACCGGGUGUACUUGAGCUUCCUCGUGACAUCAUCAUUACCUUGGUCUCCCGCGGUCCAGGACCUCUGACCUUGCCGGGCUGGUCAACAUUUUUUGGCACUGCAAGCCCUCCAAUGAUAGCCCUUUUCUCCUUCUUUCAGACCGGGGGCCGCAGCAGCAGCAAGCAAGCCAGCCAGCCAGCCAGCCAGCAAGACCUGGAGCUCCUCAUGCGCAGCAGCUCUGGGAAUCCUGAGAAAUCGUGGAUCUGCCAGGUUGCUUCCUCCCCCACCUCCCCUUCAAAACCCGCAAGAUAUUUGCUGCCACCAUUUGGUUAA